ACAAUCCGCAAGCCAAGUCGAUGUGCGUUGCAUGCGUGUUUUGACGGCGAGUGGUGUUUGUGCCGGCGCAUCGUGGAUAAACGCUGUUGUAUGGUUUACGAGCACUAGACAUGUCAUAAAGGUAGCAGCAGCAAAGUUCCUUUUGUGCGCGGUUCGUCUCGCCUCGAACCAUGUCCGACGACAGGACAAAGAGGUAUGAGAAGAUCGAGUUCCUCGGAGAGGGGCAGUUUGCCACAGUGUACAAGGCUAGGGACGUUGUCAAAGACGAGAUAGUUGCCGUGAAGAAGAUCAAGCUAGGAACACGAGCCGAAGCUAAAGAUGGCAUCAACCGGACGGCAUUGCGUGAGAUCAAGCUGCUACAGGAACUCUCUCACCCGAAUAUCAUAGGUCUCUACGAUGUCUUCGGGCACCGUUCCAACGUGUCGCUUGUGUUCGACUUCAUGGUCACUGACCUGGAAGCCAUAAUCAAGGAUACGAGCAUCGUGUUGACCGCGGGGCACAUCAAGUCCUACACCCUGCAAACGUUACAGGGACUGGAAUAUCUGCACAUGAGCUGGAUUCUCCACCGUGACUUGAAGCCGAACAACCUCUUGCUCGAUGACCAGGGUGUGCUUAAAAUCGCCGAUUUCGGCCUUGCCAAGUUCUUUGGCUCACCCACACGCAUAUAUACUCACCAGGUGGUGACCAGAUGGUACCGUGCACCAGAGCUCCUGUUUGGUGCACGCAUAUACGGCACUGGCAUCGACAUGUGGGCAGUCGGGUGCAUUCUGGCCGAGUUGCUCCUGCGGGUACCAUUCUUGCCCGGGGACUCCGACUUAGAUCAGUUGAGCCGCAUCUUCCAGACACUCGGCACGCCCUCCGAGAAGGACUGGCCCGGCAUGCCGGCAUUGCCCGACUACGUGCAGUUCCGCAGCUUUCCCGGCACGCCCUUCCGUCACAUCUUCACCGCUGCCGGAGACGAUCUUCUCGAGGUGAUCGGGCGCAUGCUGGCCAUCAAUCCGCUGUCUCGGUGUACCUGCGCGGAAGCUCUGCAGAUGCCAUACUUUGCCAAUCGCCCUCCACCUACCGAGGGACCCAACUUGCCGCUGCCAGCCGCAGUUAUGCAAAAGAGGAACGGUGGUGCCACCAGCAGCAGUAGCAGCGGCAAUGGCAACAGCAACCAUGGUUUGAAGCGAGCCCACAAGGGCGGUGAUGAUCCUAGUGUUAUUAAAAAACUUGUUUUCUGAUG